AAACAGUCCGUCAUCUAUAGUAUAGUGACGGACAAGAAACAAAGACCAAAAAAAAGGAAUUAAAAAUAGAAGAGAAAAUAACGUCAUAAUGGAUGCAGCGCCUACCUUAUCGAAUCUUAAUGUAAUGUGCGGCAUUUGCACCGAGUUCUAUAAAGCGAAUGAUGUCAUUUUUACAACAUCAAGUUGUGGACAUGUUUUUCAUAAGGAAUGCUUGAUGCGAUGGCUGUUCACAUCUCGGACGUGUCCGCAAUGCCGCGCUAUGUGCCAUCGCCAACGGACCCAUCGCAUUUAUUUAAACUUUGGAGAACGAACGGCUCUUGAUGAUGAAGAAAUUGAACCGCCCGCCAUUCAGUGGGUUCCGCUGGACUUGGAUGAGUCAAAUCCCCCAAAAUCUCUACUGGACAAAGCCAUUCAAUGUGGCACUGACGAUGAGGGAAACGACACAUAUGUAGCCCGCGUCUACUAUGCAGAUGAUCUCCUUCCCGCAAAUUACGUACCUUCAAAACAAGUUGCUUACGCUCCUUAUGGCUGUCAUGCCCAUACCCUAACCGAUCAAGUGGAUAUCCUAAUUGACUGCGAACACAAAUGGGUACCUGCAGAAAAUGGGCAGGUACCCCCGCAAGCCAUACAAACAGGUUACUCGGAGAUUGGAGAAACUCUGUAUACUGCUCGUGCUACUUACCAAGAAUUCACUCUUCUCGGUAAAGUUCAUCCCUCUCAUAGAGUUAUUUAUAUGCCUUUCCGCGGACAGGAAGUAAAUUCAUCUCAGUAUGAAGUGUUGGUACUAUCGCCCAAAGAUCAGGCCGAUCGCUAAAUACAUACAUAUGUCGUUGAAAUAGCUGUAAUACAAGUAUAUAUACAUAUAUAAACCCAUUGAUUAAUUAAUUAAAAUAAAUCUUGCACCCUUAUUAA